AUGUCGAAUCUCUAUAAGCUUUCGAUACAAGGAGUACGAUCAUUCGACUCUGAAUCAAGUGAAACCAUAGAGUUUGGGUUUCCGCUAACCUUGAUAUGUGGUCAAAAUGGGUGUGGAAAAACCACCAUCAUCGAGUGCUUAAAGUAUGCCACUACUGGUGAUUUGCCUCCCAAUUCUAAAGGGGGAACGUUUGUGAAUGAUCCCAGCAUUGCUGCUAGAAACACAGUAAAUGCCCAAGUAAAAUUGGCGUUUCAAAAUGUUAAUGGAAAGUCAAUGAUCUGUACUAGGACCAUGCAAUUGACCAAGAAACGAGGCAAAGGAGUUGCUUCCAACACGUUCAAAACACUCGAGGGGCAAUUGAGUAUCAUGGACCAGGGACAGAAGUCUACGAUAAGUACAAAAAAUGCAGAAUUGGACUCGCAAAUUCCAGUUUAUUUGGGUGCUUCUAGAGCCAUUCUCGACUAUGUCAUAUUUUGUCACCAGGACGAUAGUUUAUGGCCAUUGAGUGAAGCCUCAGUAUUGAAGAAACGGUUCGAUGAUAUCUUUGAGGCACUGAAAUUCACAAAAGUGCUCGAUAGCUUGAAAACUAUCAAGAAGGAUAUGUCCAAUGAUAUCAAACUCAUUGACCAGAACGUACAGCAUCUUCGUGUCGACAAGUCCAGGGCUGAUAAGAUACGAAGUAAGGUUCAGUCAACUUCCGUUACGUGUGAUGCCCUUUCUGAAGAAAUUGCCAACUUGACGUCUACCAUUGAGGAAAAGGAGCGAGAAGCAGAAGCAUUAUUCGUCUCGAACCAAUCGUUUCAAGAAAUUCUCAGUAGACAUGAACAGCUUCAGUAUUCACAAAAAUCGUGCCAAGUCCAGCUUGAGCGUAUAGUGAAGAACAUUGAGAUACUUCCUGAUUCUGAAACAGUGUUAAUGUCCAGACUUGAUAAUUUCGAAUCUCACUUGCAAGAACGGCAAGCUGAAGCAUCAAUGAAACACAACGAGUUGCGAGCUCUGGAGGAGAGAUUGCAAAACUUGAGACUGGAACUCAACUCUUUGUCUCGAACAGAGGGAUCACUAAAACUGAAGGAAGAGCUAUACCACACGAACAAACAGAAAUUGGUACAAUUAAUUGAAGAGAAUCUGCUAGCCAAGGAUCCGAAACCUAAUGAUAUGAACUUUCAAAAAAUAGUGGAUGAUCUUGACAAUACUAUCAAAAAGGCAUCAAGUGCAUAUGAGCGACUCAAAUCUUCAAAUAAAUUGUCUUACGAACAAGCUGCGAGUCGAGUUCAUGAAAUAAGCGAAACCAUCACCAAGCUGGAGCAGCGGUACCAAUAUUACCAGCAAGACUUGCUGAAUACUAGAAGUCAAAUAAACGAGGGUCGCAAGAGAUUAAACACACAGCAGCAACAAGAAGCAGAAUUGGAGAUUCAUAAACGUGAAUUAAAAGACCUUGAGGAUAAAUACGACCCUCAGAGCCAUAACGAUGCCAUAAAAUCAUUGGACUCGUUGAUCGAGAAUGAAAGGUCUCAACUUGCACAGUUAGAGUCUCAAAGUGAUACUUUAGGAAGGAAAGUUGCGCAAGCGUCUAAGCAGUCAGACACCUUGUCAAAAGUUUCAUUCAUCAAGGAAGGUAUAACUCGCAAGGAAGUAACAUUAGCGGCUCAUCUAAAGUCCUUAGGGUCUUUAUUUGAGAAGAUGAUUGGAAAACAGUAUGAAAAUACAGGCAGUGACGAAUUAGAGGCAGAGUUAACUAAGGCAGGUUCUCGCUUGGACCUCAAGUCGAGUGAACAAAAAAAUUUCUCGAGACAAGUCGAAUCAUUGACGGUAAAAUUGGAAAGCACGCAAGCGCAGAUUACCGAAAACCUUGACAAAACAGCCAGCAUAAAAAAUGACAUUGUGAAAGUUAUAGAAGAGGAAGAAAUCGACUUUUAUGAGCAGGUCAUAUCAGAUCUCGAAGAAAAUCAUCGUGAUGCUUUAGAGUCAUUGAAUACCUUUGAAGUUACCAAUCAGUUCAAAAUCAAAGCAAUCGAGAUUGCCGAGUCCGAGAAAUAUUGCACAUUGUGUCUUAGACAUUUUGACUCCCCUGGACUCUCCAAAUUUUUGACGGAGUUGAGGGCCAAUGUAAAGAGCAUGACUGCGGAAACAUUAGAGAAGGAAGCAAAAGAAACAGCAAAAGAGCUUGAGCAAGCUAAAAACAUCAACCCAUUGAUUUUAAAGUACCGUCAAUGCAGGCAAGAAUUACCUGAACUUGAAGCCAAGAAGACGAAGGAAACGCAGCAAAUGAAAGAUGCUGAGAAACUCAAGGCAAAAAUUGACUCUGAAUUGGAGUCAUUACAAGGUGAUGUGGAUUCUCUUAAAGCAUUGAGAACUCCACUCGCUGAGGUCUCUCGUAUAAGAAAAGAGAUCGAAGUCUCACAGAGAGAACUUUCUUCGUUGGAAGAUUCAUUGACAGAUUAUGGGUCUGUUACAGAACAGAGCCCAAUUGAAUUACAAAGAGAAAUGGACAGAAUAAAUCGGGAAAUGAAAGCAUUACGACAAAGUGUUAGUGAUAAUGUUGAGUCCAAGUAUGUGAAGCAACGAGAACUUGCGAGACUCGAAGGGAGAGUGAAAGAUAAGAAACUAGCAAUAAGUGUUCUUGAACGAGCUUUAAUAGACCAGGAGCACGAAAAAGUUGCAAUAGAUGGCUAUGAAGCUCAGGUGGUCGUCUUGCAACAAAGCAUGACGGAAAUAGAGCAAGAGUUGGGCAUUCAACGAGAAAAGCGAAAGGAGGAAGAGGAAAACUUGAAACGUAUAACGGUCGAAAUCGAAAAGGUUGAGCAAGAAAAGGAAGCAGAGAUUAAUCGGAAUCACAAAUUAAAAGAUCAAGUAUCAGACUUGCUCCAAAACAUAAAGGAGUUUGAUGAUGUUGACAGGGUGAAAUUUGAGACUGUUAGUAACGAUAUUUCGACGAUAAACUCCAACAUCGAAAAGCUAGAGGUUGAGAUUCUGAAAAUUCAGAAAGAUAUGAAGAUGGUGGAAAAGAGUAUUAACGAAGCCAAUAACCUCAAAAGUCAGAUUCGUGAUAAUCUUGAUUAUCGAAGGCUACAAAAUGAAAUGAAUGAGAUUGAGAAUCAAAUAGGCAUGCUUGACAUUGAAGAUGCUCAAUCAAAACGAAACGAGUAUAAUGAAAGGACUAGAGAGAUACGACUAGAAAUUACUAACCUCAACAGCGAACAUGCGGGUAAGGUGGGUGAGGUUAAACAACUUCGAGAUCAAAUACGUACGAUGAAAGAAGACUUGAAUUCAGAGUAUGUGGAUGUUGAUCAGAGAUAUCAGGCAGAAUGGGUGAAAUUGCAGACAAAUAUGUUAGCAACUAGCGACCUACAAACUUAUUCAAAGGCCCUCGAUAAUGCAAUUAUGAAGUACCAUACCCACAAGAUGGAAAGCAUAAACAGAAUUCUUAACGAGCUAUGGAAACAAACCUACAAAGGAACAGAUGUGGACACUAUUGCUAUUAAAAGUGACAUAAAUUUGCAAGCCAAAGGAAACCGGUCAUAUAAUUAUAGAGUGGUGAUGUACAAGCAAGAUUGUGAGCUAGAUAUGAGAGGACGCUGCUCCGCAGGCCAGAAGGUGCUCACGAGCAUAUUGAUUAGAUUAGCACUUGCAGAAUGCUUUGGAUCCAAUUGCGGAAUAAUAGCUCUUGAUGAACCAACCACCAACUUGGAUGUGGAAAAUACUGAGUCUUUGGCUCAAUCUUUGAAUAAUAUUAUUGAAUUUCGUCGUGGCCAGAAAAACUUUCAGUUGAUCGUUAUCACACACGAUGAGAAGUUUUUGAGCCACAUUGGUGGUGAGCAAUUCACAGACAACUUUUAUCGGGUUCAAAGGGACGAAAAUCAAAGGUCAAUUAUUCGAAGUUUACCAAUUAACUUUAUCCUGGAAGAGUGA